CUGCCAUCCGACCGCUCUCCACAUAAGUAAUGGGUCUGUUGCGACCUUCUUCUUGCACCUAGUGAUGUCUGAUUCCCGUGAGAAAGUUCUUUCGUUACAUCUCAGAACGCUAUCCACUCACCUCGCAACUCAUCCAAGAGAAUAAGAUUCCCGAAUUUGGUGCGUCUACUCGGUGAUGUUGUAAAAACGCUCUCAAUGCAUGGGGCAGACAAUUUGUAUCUUGACUUCAAUGGGAUCAUUCAUAACUGCUCACAUCCAAACGACGAGGAUGCUCAUUUCCGGCUGUCCGAAGAGCAGAUAUUCACCUCAAUCUUUGGAUACGUCGAUCACCUAUUUGGGAAGAUCAAGCCCAAGAAGCUCUUUUUCAUGGCGGUUGACGGCGUCGCUCCUCGAGCCAAGAUGAAUCAACAACGCAGCCGGCGUUUCAGGACAGCAAAGGAGGCAAAGGACGUCCGGGAGAAAGCGGAGGCGAGAGGGGAGCAGUUGCCUGCAGAGAAGCCAUUCGACAGUAACUGCAUCACGCCUGGCACACCUUUCAUGGUUCGACUGUCUGAGCAGCUGCGCUACUUCGUUAACAAGAAGAUCACGGAGGAUUCGGAUUGGCGGGACGUCGAAGUGGUGCUUUCUGGGCACGAAGUUCCAGGAGAGGGCGAGCAUAAGAUCAUGGAGUACAUCCGACAUUCUCGAGCUCAACCGGACUAUAACCCCAAUGUUCGGCACUGCAUGUAUGGGCUCGACGCGGACCUUAUUAUGCUCAGUCUGCUCAGCCACGAUCCGCACUUCUGUCUCCUUCGGGAGGAAGUCAAGUUUGGGCCAGCGCGUAAACGGGGGAACACUUCUCUCGAGGCCACCAACUUCUAUCUACUGCAUCUUUCGCUUCUUCGCGAGUACCUUGACCUCGAGUUCCGCGAUAUCGAGUCGCUGCUUCCGUUCAAGUACAGUCUGGAGCGCGUGCUCGAUGACUUCAUUCUUCUCGCCGCCUUUGUCGGCAACGAUUUCCUUCCUCAUCUUCCCGAUCUACAUAUCCACGAGAACGGGUUAGAGCGACUGUUCGAUGUGUACAAGAAGGUCCUGCCAGGGUUGGACGGUUACAUCAACGUGAACGGGACGAUCAGUGUGAAGAGGUUGCAGAUUGUGCUGGACGAGAUGGCUCUGUGGGAGCAGGAUGUUUUCGAGAAGGAGUACGCUGAUGUCAAUUGGUUCAAGGGAAAGCAGGCCAAGCAUGUGAACGAAAUGGAGCUGGCGAGGAAACGAGGAAAGCUGAGUGGGUGUUCUAUCCUUUCUUUCUCGACCGCGAUUGAUCAACAUGCAGUCCUCACGGUGUCUCAGCGCGAGAUAUUCGAUAAAGUCAAGACUUUUGUAUUGACGAAGAAGUCCAAGACUACCGUCCUCUCCAUGAGAAACGAAUUCCCUGCGCGAGAUCGCAAGUUCAUAUCAACUUUAGGCGAGGAUCUGCACCUAGGACUCCGAUGGGAUGAGUUCGACGACGAGGAUAGAAACUUGGUCACGUGGCGCUUCCCCAGUGCAGUAACGGAAGAGGGCGACAGUGACGAGAGUGCAAAGGUGCCGGACGGGAAUGAUGCAGAGUGGGAGGACGUCGAUGAUGACGAAGAGGACCCCGAGAGCUUGGCUGCAAUCGAGCGAGUAUUGCGCAAGUACGACAAGGCUCCUGUCAUGGAUGACGACGAAGAUGGAGGAUUUGAAGCUCGACAUGCACGAUCUGUCAGGGAAAAAAUGGACGAGUGGAAGCGCGGUUACUACCAGGGCAAGCUUGAGAUCUCGUACGAUGACCCCAAAGCCAUGGGUGCUUUGAUGUAUCGUUACGUGGAAGGGCUACAAUGGGUCAUGCACUACUACUAUAGUGGCGUUGCAUCGUGGGGUUGGUUCUACGACUAUCACUACGCACCCAGGAUAUCAGACUUGCGACACGUCGCUGACAUGGAGUUCAGCUUUGAGCUCGGUGCUCCCUUCAAGCCUUUUGAACAACUGAUGGGCGUGCUCCCCGUCGCCAGCAAAGACCACAUACCUGUCGCGUAUCAGGAUUUAAUGUACAACCCGACCUCACCCAUCCUUGACUUCUAUCCGCUUGAGUUCGAGCAGGAUCUGAAUGGGAAGAAACAAGACUGGGAGGCUGUCGUUAAAAUUCCCUUCAUAGAUGGCGAUCGGCUGCUGACGGCGAUGAAAACCCGAGAGCAUCGGCUGAGUGAUGACGAGAAGCGACGCAACACUUUCGGUGCGAGCGUGAAGUUCAGCUUCAACCACGGAGAGCCCACCCUUUAUCCUUCAUCCUUGCCCGGAUUCUUUCCACCGCUGUAUAGGUGCUCUUGCAUCAUGGAGACUUUUGAUCUGCCGACCCUCGAUGGUCUACAUCUCUUAGAGGGUCUUUGUGAUGGUGUCUUCCUCGGCGCCGACGCGCUUGCUGGGUUCCCUUCGCUUAAGACGCUUCCGCACUCCGCCUCUCUCGGAUUUCACGGUGUUAACGUCCAUGGAUCUGAGAGUCGAAACAAGUCAAUGAUCGUACAUAUCCAGAACCCGCACGAGGAAAAGAAUCUGCAGCAGAUCGGCGAAGAAAUGGUCGGGAAGCGGACCUUCGUCGGGUGGCCGUUCUUACAGGAAGGGCUGGUCGUGGCGCUAUCGGACUCGUUGUUCAAGUAUGAGAAGAUGGCCAUCGUGCACGGGGGCCCUGCCAAAAUUGUCUCGACGCCUCAUGCGCCAACUGCAUUGGGGCACUGGAAAUCAAAGGCAGAGCGGAUCGAACAAACUUACUCGAAGCGAAUGGGUGUGGUCACGGGAAAUGUAGAUGUGCUGCUGCAUGUCAGGCCUUUGAAAGGCAUGAAACGGCUAGAAUCCGGCGCGCUUGUGAAAGACUACGAAGGAGCAGACAAAGAGCAGGAGCAUGCUGUCCAGAUGACGCUGUCAGAAGUUGCGUCUGAAGAUCCGCGAUUUCUUGAGCGAGCGGCUCCGCCUCUGGCCGAGGAGUUCCCUGAAGGCAGCAAAAUCUUCUUCUUGGGCGAACACGCAUAUGGCGUCGCUGCCCAGGUGUCAGCAACCACGGAUAAAACGCUUUCCGUCGUCUUGGCGUUCUUCCCCACCGAGAAGGCAGAGAAUGAGCGCUUCAAGACUGUGGUCGAUCAACGCCACGCCGUAGCGUAUCUACCUUCGUUUAGGGUGGCUGACCAGUUGGGUGUUUCGAGCCGGGCGGUGUCCAAGAUCACGAGCAGUUUUUUGGUCAUCACUGCAGAUGGCGCCAAAGUCAACCUGGGAUUGAGUCUCAAAUUCGAGGGCAAAGGGAUGAAGGUCAUCGAUUACUCUCGUAAGGGAGUGAGAGGUUGGGAGUUUAGCGACAAAGCAGUUGCGUUGCUGAAAGAAUAUCUGACCACUUUCCCCGACUUGUUCUUGUCGCUGGAUCUCCCGGGCGAUGCAAUUGCCAAAGCGAGCGAAAUCUUCCGGAAAGGGGAUGCUGACCAGCGAGUCAAGGAGGCCAAAGCUUGGCUCAAAGGCAAAGGGGUCAGGGAUUUAGAGCCUGUCUCGCUGUACUGUGACCAGUUGGGCAAGGACUCGGUGACGGAGAUCGAGAAACUGGCGGACUCAUUCACAGAAUCCAAGUCUACCCAGGGAAUCAAGAAAGCCAUCGUGAAAGGCAUUCCUCGGCAAGCCGUGUUGAAGCCGAGCCACGCUGUGUAUCGCUUGCAGAACCAGCGAUUUGCGCUCGGAGACCGAGUUGUGAUGGUCCAGGAUUCAGGGAGCGUGCCCUUGUCGGUGAAAGGCGUGGUGAUUGGGCUCAAUGCAAAAUCCAUGGAUGUGGUCUGGGAUGUGCCGUUCAUGGGAGGCGGAACACUGGGUGAUCGUUGCUCAAUGUACCGAGGCUCGAGCGUGGAAUUCAAUACAUGCUUGAAUCUGUCACAACCGCAAUAUGUCACGUCGACGAACCCUGCUCCUCCUCCCAACCGACACGUACACCAGUAUCCCCAUCAACAGCAACAGGCACAUGGCGCAGCCACUCAAUUCCGUCCUACUCCUGUUGCCAUCAUGGCCAACCCGAACAGAGGCAGAGGGGGAUUUACUCCCCCUGCUGCUGCUGCUGCACCGGCUGCUGCCACAAACGUCCAUCCUGUUCCCCACCGCGGACGAGGCCGAGGUGGACCCUUCAUUACAGGACCCCCCGCCUCAAAUGGUCUCCCACCUAGGGGUCGUGGUGGUUUCCUGCCUGACCGAGCGAGAGGGCGAGGUGGCUUCCGUGGUGGAAGAGCUAGAGGAUCAUUUGCGCCAACGAUGGCUUCGUAAUGUAUGUAACACGAAAACGGCGUCUGUAUUUACAAGUGUAUGAACAUGUUCGUAUCCGUGGGGCCCGAUGCUCUAGCUGUGCUACCAAUCAACUUA